UCGAAGCCGGUGUUCUGACAGGACUUGCGUCGCAUGAAUUUCGAGACGACAUGGAUUGGUUUCACUGUAAUAACUGUUUUCUGAGAGGAGGAAAACCAUUUGUAGUGUCCAGCUGUGGUCAUAUAUUUUGUCAGGACUGCAUGAACACAAAGUUCAGUGGUCAGUGCAGAGUGUGUCAUGCCAACUGUAACUACCUGACAAUAUCCGAGCAGAUGAAACCUCAGGAAAAGAUGUUUUUCACAGAUCCGGUGAAACUCCUGCAGACUCGACUGGAACACAUCGCACAGGUUGCUGUUUUUCAGAAAAGGCAGAAGGAACGUGUCAUAGCUUUCUAUAGAAGCCAGUCUGCGGAGCUGGAGCGAAGGCUUAAAGAAGUCAAUGAUCAGCUCUACAGGCAAGUGUCUGAGCUGAAAAGAGAGAAUGAAGAGCUCAAGAAACCUCUUUCUCAAAGGAGGACAUCUCCUGGGAGGUUUCAGAUUAAUGGAGGUACUCCAAGGAUGACUCUUCCGGUGGCUGUGACAUCACCAGUCACACCGCGCUCUAGAGCUCUCAGUUCGGGUGACACUUUGGAGAGAUUUAGACAUUCCAGACUUGGCAUGACAACUCCCACAGGUUCAUCCAUCUCUGUGUCAAGCAUGAGUUCAAUACAUGAACAGACUGUCAGGACACCCAGUUCAGUUCACACCCCCACAAGGUCCCAACAUACAACCCCAAACAACUUUCAGUUCCAGUUUUUGACUAGACCUUCACUCCAGUCACCACGGCCAUAAACAUCAUUUAUUUGUAUCUUAUUCUUAGAAAAUCAUUAAAUUAUUUACUUACAGUUAAAAAAUGUAACUUACAGUUAAA